ACACAGCCUCCAUGCUGUCCACUGCGGUCCUCCAAACGUUGACAUACAGUUUUCUUUUCUGGAGCCAUGUUUGAUCAGGACUAUGGGAAGGUCAGCUCCAUUCUGGAGACCCUUGUAAGGAGAUGAGUUGUUGAACAGAGGCCAGGAUGAAGUUGCUGCCAGGAGUGGGCGUGUUUGGGACUGGCAGCUCAGCCCGGGUCCUAGUCCCGCUGCUGAGGGCAGAGGGGUUCACCGUGGAGGCCCUGUGGGGAGAGACCGAGGAGGAAGCAAAGCAGCUGGCCGAGGAGAUGAAUAUCACCUUCUACACCAGCCGGACUGAUGACGUCUUGCUGCAUCAAGAUGUAGACCUGGUGUGCAUCAACAUCCCACCUCCACUCACCCGACAGAUAUCCGUGAAGGCUCUAGGAAUUGGGAAGAAUGUGGUAUGUGAGAAGGCAGCAACAUCAGUAGAUGCCUUCCGGAUGGUGACAGCAUCUCGCUACUACCCACAGCUGAUGAGCCUGGUGGGGAAUGUGCUGCGCUUCUUGCCUGCUUUUGUGCGUAUGAAGCAGCUGAUUGCAGAGCACUACGUGGGUGCGGUGAUGAUCUGCGAUGCCCGCAUCUACUCCGGGAGCCUUCUCAGCCCCAGCUAUGGCUGGAUAUGUGAUGAGCUUAUGGGUGGUGGGGGCCUGCAUACCAUGGGUACCUAUAUUGUAGACCUGUUGACCCACUUGACUGGCCGGAAAGCCGAGAAGGUGCAUGGGCUACUCAAGACCUUUGUGAGGCAGAAUGCCAGCAUCCGAGGCAUCCGGCAUGUCACCAGCGAUGACUUCUGUUUUUUCCAGAUGCUCAUGGGUGGGGGGGUGUGCAGCACAGUGACGCUCAACUUCAAUAUGCCAGGCGCCUUUGUCCAUGAAGUCAUGGUUGUGGGCUCAGCAGGACGCCUUGUUGCCCGGGGAGCUGACCUCUAUGGGCAGAAGAAUUCUGCCGCGCAGGAGGAGCUGCUGGUGAGGGACUCGCUGGCUGUGGGUGCGGGGCUCCCUGAGCAAGGUCCCCAGGAUGCCCCACUGCUCUACUUGAAAGGGAUGGUCUACAUGGUGCAGGCCUUGCGCCAGUCCUUCCAGGGACAGGGGGACCGCCGUACCUGGGACCGCACCCCAGUCUCCAUGGCCGCCUCAUUUGAGGAUGGACUGUACAUGCAGAGCGUGGUGGAUGCCAUUAAAAGGUCGAGCCGAUCUGGGGAAUGGGAGACUGUGGAGAUGCUGACCGAGGAGCCAGAUGCCAACCAGAACCUGUGUGAAGCGCUUCAGCGGAACAACCUGUGAGCCUACACGUGCUCUUCCUCCCGCUGGGCAGAGGGACCAGGGAGGGGACUGGGAACUGUGAUUGGCUAUAGCAGAGACAUGUCUUUUAAUAAAUCAGCCUGGGCCAGGGCUAGGAGCCGAUUGCAGGUGGCCGAAAAAAAAGCCCAUCUGUCCAUUAUCGACUCCUCAGACUUGCAAGGCAGCAAAUGCUCCAGCUGCUGUAUGCAGUGUAUGCAGGAUAGGGCUGAGGCCCGGCCCCUUGUGCUUCUCCCAGUGAGCAGGGCCAGUUGCAAGAUCAAUCCCUGGGCUGUGCAGCCUGACGUGUGGUCUGACAGGAUGAGAAAGCCCAACAAAAGGAACCAGCUUGGUUGAGUCCUAAGGGGAGAUGGCAAGAAGCCGUGCCCAUGUUGGACUGGGGCAUCUCAGGACUGGGCAAGACAAGAGACCAUCCCUUAGGGGUCUUCGCCCACUCUCCUGUGUGACCAGACCCUUUCAGCCCCCUGGCAGGCCCUUCCCAGAGAAAAGGAGAUUUCUGUAAUAUACAUAGGGAGGAGAGCCCCUGACUUGGCAGAGAGGGGACAAAGGAGAACUGUAGAACAUCUGAGAAAUGUCAGUAAAUAAGUCAGGACAAAAUGUGA